AUGUCGAAGCAAGUCAAGGAAUUUUUCUCAAAGAUUAGGAAGAACUAUGACGUUGCGAAAAAAUUCGGCGCAAUAUUCACUUCCGGCAAUCGCAUCCUCCCAUCAAAAACGACCAAAAAUGACGAAGAUUACCAGCUACGUAUAGACGCUGGUGAACUGAUCGACAACCGAUACCAAAACAUUGUUUUGCAAGUCAACUCGCAAGCUAAAAACACGGGCUUGCGGGAGUGGGUCAAAAAACAACCUCGGGGCACGCAUACGAAAUUGGCUACAGCUCGCUUUGACACACUCGCUGGAGAUCAGGCCGCUGAAACAGAGAGGGCCCUGAGCGAACUACAAGAGCAGGCUAGGAAGAACCUGUAG